ACGAAAAAAUAAAAAAGCCCUCACGGAGUCCCACUGCAUUUCUGUAUUUGAUGGGUACUUGAUAGCGUAGUUAGCAGAGGCGAAGCGUCGCUAGGGAAGGAGAAGAGGACGACUUCACUCUCCUUCUCAUCCUGUUACUACUUCAUCUGGGGUUCCGACGAUUCGUAGGGAAGAUCGCUGUAGAUUCUAUUUCUCUCGUGUUUUCUUUUGGGUGGAAAUUUCUCUUGUGUUUUUAGCCGUACGAAUCUAUCUUAAUCCUUUCCACGCGGAAAGUAAGAGAGAGAUAGGGGUUUAGAUUCGUUGUGUGUGCCGGGACAGAGGGGGCCAAUCAUGCCUUCAGGUUCUAAGAAGAGAAAAGCUGCCAAGAAAAAGAAGGAAAAGGAGGCCGACAUAAACCCAUCGUCUAAUAAUCCCCAAGGAAGUGAUGACUUGAAGUCACAAGAUGAGAAAGGAAGUGAUGGUGGGGAGGGUAGUUCUCCUGCAUAUCAUCAUCACAGCGACCAUCAUCAUCAUGACGGCCAUCAUCAUCACAGGGACCAUCAUCAUCAUGGGGACCAUCAUCAUCACGGCGAUCAUCAUCAUCACCCAUUUAAUGAAGGGAGUGAAGAAGUGGAGGAAGGAGAUCGACCAGUUCCUCAUCCAUCUGCUUGUGACAUUAAGCCCAUGGAAGAAGUCCCUGGUGAUAUUACUAAUGCAGAAGUAGUUGGAGGACAGGAGGUUGGUAUUGUUAAGAUAGAAAAUGAUUUGAAAUUUGAGAAGAGCUCUGAUCGAGUAGAUGACAGGGCUAAGAAUGACAAGUCUCUUAAGGAAUCACUUGAUGGGCAUGGAAACUCUUAUGGUACUGUGAGUGAUGAAUUCCUCAAUGAAACAAACUCAAAGGAUGAGCUCUACAAUUCAAAACAAAAGGCAGUUACAUCUGAAGAUUUAACUUAUCCUGUUGAUUCUAGCGCAGAAGCAGCUGGAGGCCAUGAAGCUAUAGUUAAGAUUGACAGUGCUUUGGAACCUGAGAAGAGUUCUGAUAGAAUAAAUGAUAGUGUUGCACAUGUCAAUUAUACUUCAGAAUUAGUAGGAGAGCAGGAAGUUAGUGCUGUUAAGAUGGUGAGUGAUUUAGAAUAUGAGGAGAGUUCUGAUAAAAUAAAUGAAAGGGUUGAUCAUGUUGAAUCUGCCAAGGAAUCACGUUAUGGGAGUGGAAAUCCUAGUGGUACUUCAAAUGUUGAGUCCCUCGAUGGGAACAACUCAAAGGGUGAGCCCCAUAAUUCAAAACAAAUGGCAAUCACAUCUGAAGAUUUAGCAUUUCCUGUUGAUUCUCUACCCACCAAAAUUCCCGCAAUUUCUAAAAAUACUGCAGUCAAGGAGACUAGUAAUUUGGUUCUGGAACCUUGUGUUAAUUCAGUAAAGGAAGUGCCCCCUCCGAGUGAGGUGAAAAGCAGUGAUAAUGUAACUGCUUCACUGGAGGAGUCAACAGUCUCUCAAGUGGCAGCAGUGGAUCUUGCCAUGAAGAAACAUGAGGAUAAAGUUUUUCCUAUGCCUGAUCAGCAUGUUGCAACGCCAGAUUUGGUGGAAUCUCCGCCAACAGAACACAGUAGUAAAGUAUCAGCUUCAGUAUCUGAAAAUCCUACUCCUGUCACUGAAUCUACUAAAGAUUCUGACCAUACUAAAGGUUCUGAGACUCUACGAUGCUCUGGAAAUCAGCCUCAACUGGUAUCAGCUCCACGUGUGGCGCAAAAGACCUCUUGGUUGAAUUGUUGUGGAUUGUUUGAAAUACUGUCAGGCUCCAACAGAUAAGUCCAGAAACAGUGACUAGAGAAGGGAAUCUGAUCUCAAGAGUAAUGCUCGGGCAGACUUGGGAGGAUCGUGUUCAAAGAAUUUUGUGAUAUUUUGAUCUACAUGUAAAGGGCAAGAGGCCUGCCUAGAUAGAUCUAUACGAGGUUUAUUUUUAUAUACGGUGAAGUCUGUAGUAAGUGAUAAUAAAGUCGAGUCUUUGGGACCACAUGUGCGUUUGUUUGUGCAUGUAGCGUUAUUUCCUGGUUUUUGGCUGUAUUUCUGGGUUCCUCUUUUGAAUAAUGUUGAGCAAUAGGCCAACAGCGACCUAGACGCUUACAUAUGGAUAUUUUGAUAUUUAUUGAUUGAUUAUUGUGUUACGUGCAGUCUCAUGCAUAACUA